AUGGCCACUCCCAGCCCAACUCUACUCCCCCUAACCCAACCCCAACUCACCGCCGCAUGCCACGCAGUCCUCCACCACCAAACACAAGCACAAGACCUGCACAAAAAGCGACCCUUUGCAGCAAUCCUCUUGGCCCCAGACAACAAAACAAUCCUGCUCUCCUCAAACUCUCUCUCGCACGUGCGGCAUGCGGAAAGCGAGCUCGCGCGCAACGCCGCAGACAACUACGAUUGGACGUAUCUGGCGCGCUGCACGCUGGUGUCAACCUGGGAGCCAUGCGCGAUGUGCGCGGGCGCUAUCUACUGGGCGCAUAUUGGGCGGCUCGUAUAUCUGGCGUCGGAGAGUGCGUUGGGGGAGGUUAUUGGUGUUGGGAAUCCGGAGAAUUUGACGCUUGAUUUGCCUUGUCGGAGGGUUUUUGAGAAGGGGCAGAGUGUGGUCGAGGUUGUUGGACCGUUGGUUGAGGAGGGGUGGGAAGGGAAGGUUGUGGAGGAUAGUAGGCGGUAUUGGGGAUAG